UUAAUCAAAUCCGUAUAUUUUUCAGUCAGACUAUUCCUCCUUCAAAAUAACUGUACUAACUGUAGUCUCCUGCAAAUCCAUUUCUCUCCUCCGAAUUAGGGUUUUUAGGGUUCUCCGAUCGCCCAAAUGGACCCAAUUAAGAAGCGGAAAAUCGACGGCAACGGCGUCGUACAGGCGGCGGACCACGGCUCGUUCAAUCCCCUCAUGCUCUCCCCCGACGAUGCCCGGAAGAUUCUCGAGCCCUUAACCCACGAACAUCUCCUGGAAAUUGUCCAGAAUGCCCUCCUGCGCCACCGCGAUGUCCUGGAAUCGGUCCGUUCCAUUGCCGAUCGCGACGCCGCGCAGCGGAAGCUCUUCGUUCGCGGCCUCGGCUGGGAAACCACCACGGAGAAGCUCCGCGGCCUUUUCUCGUCUUACGGUGAGCUGGACGAGGCUGUUGUUAUACUCGAUAAGGUCACCGGUAAGUCGAAAGGCUACGGCUUUGUCACUUUCAAACACAUUGAUGGUGCGAUCGUGGCCUUGAAGGAACCGAGCAAGAAGAUUGAUGGUAGGAUGACUGUUACCCAGCUUGCCGCUGCUGGAAUUUCCAGUGGUGGCGGCGGCGGCGGCAAACCUGGAGUGGGUGGUGGCGGUGGCGGUGGCGGUGGUGGUGGUUCUGGUGGGGUGAAUAAUCCGGUUGAUGUCUCGACGAGGAAGAUUUACGUGUCGAAUGUGCCGUACGAAAUGCCUGGCGAGAGACUUCUUCAGCAUUUUUCGAUGUACGGAGAGAUUGAGGAAGGUCCGUUGGGAUUUGAUAAGGCAACGGGAAAGUCUAAAGGGUUUGCGUUGUUUGUUUAUAAAACAGCUGAGGCUGCAAGGGCAUCUUUGGUUGAUCCAGUAAAGAAUCUAGAUGGGCACCAAUUGAACUGUAAGUUGGCAAGCGACGGGAAAAGAGGGAAGCCUUCUGGCGGUGGGCCCACGGGUGUCCAUGGAGGUAAUCAGGGUAAUGCUGAUGCGAAUCAUUCAAUUGGUGCCACUCUGCCAGGCGGACAGUAUGGUGGGUCUGGUGGGGUGGGCGGGCAUUAUAGUGGAAAUUCCGGCAGCUUAGGUGGAAGUGUUAGACCUCGUGUAGGUGGGCCAGGAUCAACGCCGAUUGGGAGUCAAGCGGUGGUUAAUGGUAGCUUUGGUUCUGGGAGUGGUGGGCCUUAUGCAGGUGGUUCUCAUUUUGGUGGGCCUAUUAGGACUGGUUAUGGCGGAUUGACCGGUGGUGGUGGAUUGGCUUCAGGAGCAGGGUUGGAUGGUAAUAAUGGUGGUGGGUAUGCAGGAUUUGGUGGUGGUGGUGGAAAAGGUGGGCCUUCUGGUGGUGGAUUAGGCGGUGCUGGCAGUGGAAUGGGUGGUGCAGGUCGUGGAUCAUCUUUGUACGGUUUGCCGCCUAGCUCGGCUGGGAUGAGUUCUGGAGAGUAUGCUCAAAACACAAAUUACAGCUUAUCAUAUGGUGGGUAUCCAGGGCAGCAUAAUCAACCAGCAGGGGCAUUCUCAGCAUCUAGACUUCCACCUGGAGGAGCCUACCAAGGGAUGCCCCCUUACUAUUGAGGUUUAUGACCAGCUUGUUGGUGCAGUAGCCUUAGUGGUUCUGGUGAUUUUGCAAGCAAUGUACUCUGGCUUGAUGAUUUUGAUUUGCUCUGUGUUUCGCCUCUUCUUCACUUCAUCUGCAUCUUAUGAUGUGAUCUCUAAUUGCUCGUAGUUAAACCGAGUUAGACAAUUUUUCUGGAAAUGCCAAAAAAUGGG